AUGUGGAUACCGGUCUACUGGGAUAAAAAUGGCAGCAAAGACACUGGUUACAGUUGCUCUCAGUGCAGGAAGACCUUCUCGCCUCGACCUGUCCUCAACAAAAACACAAUGUUUGCAGAAGUGGUGGAGCGGUUUAAAAACACAGGCCUUCAGGAUUCUCCACCUACACGUUAUGACGGACCUGGACACACGGAGAGAGAAAUCUGCACAGCAGAAAACUCCAAAAACGUCAAGAUGUGUCCAGAAAGUGAGGAUUUGUGCUGCAGGGCCCACCUGAGAUAUCGUAACAAUGGCUAUCCCAGAGAAAAGCACACAGUUAUCGUUGUAAGCGGGGAACCCAAAGGAAAUAUUUGUUUGCGGCACAACAGGCUAUUGGAGUUUUCUUGUCGGACAGACAAACGGUUCAUCUGCCCACUGUGUCAAAAUGAAGCCCACCCAGGACAUGAAGCGUUUUCAAUGGCACCUCAGAAGACGAAAACACUAGAGUCCAGUACGACUCUAGAGAAACGAGAGCACAGGAGUAAAGACAAAACAACUGGACAUGGUAGGGGACAAAGUAAUAAAAGGGCUCAUGGCACUGGGCAUAGACACAGACACGGGAGCGGACAGGCCCGGGGCUCACAUGCUAAAAGAGGGCAUGAAACACACCGGCAUAUAAGUAGUGGACACAGAGGUAAUUCGCAUGGGCACAGUCAUGGUGCCGGACACCGAAAGAGACAACUGGGUAUCAUGGUCAUGACAGGAACUGGCACUAGAAGAACCUCUGCAGAUAACAUUAGAGUGCUUUGACCCUUGAUUUUGAGCAGUGUUACAGAUGCCAUGUUUUCUAGAGGAAUGUUGCUUCUACUAGAUUCAGACAUCGACUGAAAGCUCACGUCAUUUCUUUUGUGAG